CUUCCCGGUGCGUUCCUGUUUUUUUUUAAUACCUCCUCUUCCUUUCCCCUCCCUUCCGAGAAGAAGCUCUCCCUCUGCCUCUGCCUCAGACCCAGACUCGGACCUCAGAAACCAAGUCCAAAAUGUCCGUCACCACCAAAGCGACCAUCGCCUCCUUCGGCGGCAAGCUCCUCAAGCUCAGCCACGCCGCCACCUCCACCCAGUGCGAGAUGUCCUUCAACCUCUACCUCCCGCCGCAGGCCUUCCAGAAUGAUACCAAAAAGAUCCCCGUCCUGCUGUAUCUGUCCGGCCUGACCUGCACCGCGGACAAUUGCUCCGAGAAGGGCUUCUUCCAGCACGGCGCCAGCAAGAAGGGCAUGGCCGUGCUGUAUCCCGACACCAGUCCCCGCGGCCUCAAUCUCGCCGGCGAAAACGACGCGUGGGACUUCGGCACCGGCGCCGGCUUCUACGUCGACGCCACCCAGGCGCCCUACGACGCCGGCUACAACAUGUACACGUACAUCACGGAGGAGUUGCCCGCCGUGGUGUUCGGGGCGUUUCCGGUGUUGGAUGCGGAGCGCGUCAGUAUUACCGGGCAUAGUAUGGGGGGGCAUGGGGCUUUGACGUUGUUCCUCCGCAACCCCGGUAAAUACAAGUCCGUUUCGGCGUUCGCGCCGAUCUCGAACCCGAUCAACUGUCCCUGGGGCCAGAAGGCGUUUGGGGGAUAUUUUGGGGAGGAGCUGCGGGACACCAAGUGGAAGGAGCAUGAUGCGACGGAGUUGGUGCGGAAGUGGAAGGGUGGGCCGUUGGAUGUGUUGAUUGAUGUUGGCACCGGCGACAACUUCUACAAGCAAGGCCAACUGCUGCCCGAGAACCUGGAGAAGGCCGCCCAGGAGGCCGGCGUCGAGGGCAUCAAGGUCCGCUACCAGCCGGACUAUGAUCACAGUUACUACACGAUGGCGACGUUCGCGGACGAUCAUGUCGAGCAUGCUGCCAAGUAUUUGUUUGCUUAGUGGGUUUUUCUCUUUUCCUUUGUUUUUGUGGUGGGACUUGGGGCUCAGACUGCGAUCUCAUGGGUUCACGGAGGGAAGACUCGUGCUGGGGAGGGUUGGGAUUGUGUUGUGUUAAUGGACUUGUUUCUGACAGGUUUGCGGUUUCGGACUCAAGUGAUCGUCGGCCGAGGUCUUCUCUUUGAGGCAUUGGAGAUGGAUGGCAUAUAUGGUAGGUAAUAUGGGCAGGGAGGAUUCAC